AUGCCGGUGAUACAAUAUAUAAGAGCCUCCGUAUCCAGUCCAGUCAACCAGUAUGCCAGAAUCCUGUUCAGUAGUAAUACGGGCUACUGUGUAAUGGAGCUAUCCAAGGAAUCUUGUGGUGAUGAUAUUAGCGAUAUCAGUGAGGGAGCCGAAGAGAAGAAGAUAAAAGAGAAAAAAGAUACUACUUCAACUAGCAAGUCUAUUAUUGUUAAAAUAGAAAACCAUAUCCAUUCCAAUGAUGAAAAUGUGGCUUUGAGAAAGUUGGUUAAUAUAACGCCUGAGACUAUAUCAAAAAAACAACGUUAUUGUUAUUAUUCGUCCAAUAUGUCACCUGUAGAGUUCACAUCUGAAAAUCCAUAUUGUCGUUUCAAAGUAGUUUGCUAUACAAAAAUUCCCAAUUAUCGUAAUGAAGAUGGUAUUGUGCAAAUUAUAAUUGGAAGGGGCCUUUCAGAAGUGGAGGCCUACAAACAGGAAGUUAUUUCAGCAUUGAGUCUAUUAUUCGGAGGUAAUGAAGUUGUUGUUAAUGAAAUUUUUGCUGCUGAAGUACCAAACAAAACGAACUUCAGAUUUUACAUUCAGCAAGUUUUUCCUAAUGGAGAGAUUCAACGUGCAUCUACCACUGACACCUUUAGUCAUAUGUUAAGAGCAUCAUACAAUUCAAUUUUUAAGAUUAUUCCAAUGUUGACUUUAACUGAACAACAAAUGAAGAAAUAUCUUGAUACACCGCAAAGAGGAAUUGAUCCAGCAUUGUGGGAACUGGGCAAGCAAAAAAAUCCUGACCCAAAGAAAUUGAUACCUGUUGUAAAAGUGGGAUUUCAGGAAUUACAGAAACAGGUCAAGUAUCAAGAAGAAUAUGGUAAUAAAAUUCAUAAUAGUAUGAAGAAUAUUAUGGAUGAUAUAAGACAAUUAAGUUGUAUGCAGACGACAAUUAAAGUUACCAUUCAGAAUUUUAAGUUGAAACAGACAAAUAUAAUGCGCCGAGUUCUAAAAUUGGUGUCAGCACAAGAGGUUGAAAGGAAAAAAUAUCUACCACUAGAAGAAAUAGAGGAUCAGAUUCGACUGCGAUUAGAAAACUUGUAUAUGCAGCUGCAGGACCUCAAGGGAUGUUUGAAUGAACUAAUGGCUCAGUCUAUAAAGCCUGGUAGUUUUCCGCGAGCCCAACGGUAUGGACUGGUUGUUGACAAAGUGCAGGAUAUAUCACAAUACCUAAAAUGGCAGCAGGAUGCACUUCAGGCUAUAGUUAACAUACUUAAGGAAGAUAUACAAGUGGUCGUUAACAUAAAGAAGAACAUCAGCUAA